UUCAUACCGAACCCGUAAUCUUAUAUCAUAAGUCAAGUCAAAAUGAGCAAGUCCUAUGACCGUCUCUCAGCAACCGACAACAUGCAGUCAUCCAACACUGUCUUUGAAGUUGACUACAAGUGGAAGAAGUUUAAGGCUUUAGUCUCAGAGAAAGACCCCCAGACGAACAACACAACACCCAAGUAUAUUGUCGACUAUCAUGCCUUCAAAUGCCCCAGCCUUGUCUUCCAUCCCUACGACAACCCUACAGCUGUAAUAGGCUCCGGUACACUUCACCCCGUCACAAUACAUGCCGACUACGAGCUCCACGGCCAAAAAGGCACUAUCAAAGCUCUAAAGCGCUUCAUGACAUCAUACACCCACCUAUCGUACAACUACUCCAACAGUCCAGACGGAAUACCAGCUGCUAUGACAUGGACCAGUGCCAGCAGCUUCAAGACAUGGGACUUUAUCUGUCUCGAUGAGCAGGAGUGGCCGGUUGCCAAGUUUUCCGCCAACUGUUGGUCGCUUAACAAUGUCGGAUGUGUCGAGUUUCUAGGGCCUAAGGCGAAUGAUCCUGCGGCAAGAGAUGAAAUCCUAGUUACGGGCAUGACGCUGUUUUAUCAGAUGGUCCUUCGUGCGACAAACUUGUCACUUGGCGGUGCUAUCUUUUCACGACCCGGGCCACUGGAUAAGGAGGCAGCGCCCAAGAAACCCUUGGAAAAUAUCGACGGCAAGAGCAUCAAAGAACUAGAGGGAACUUCAGGGGUAGAUCCAGGUACUGAGAAGUCAUAGUGUUUGUUGAUUUAUCCCCAGUAAUGUCCUGUCAAGGGUCCUCUUAGAAUGUAUUAUGAUAUUAGUGGAGAAGGACAGUCUUAUCAUGUUUAGUUCACUAAGAAAUAUUCUUC